CUCUCUCUCUCUCUCUCUCUCUCUCUCACCCCACCCUCCCUCUCUGGUAAAGAUGGCGACGCCGAUGGCAGAAGACACGAGCUUUGAAGAUGAUCAACUGGCAGCCAUGUCAACCGAAGACAUCCAGAGGGCGUCUCGCCUUCUUGAUAACGAGAUUCGAAUCCUCAAGGAAGAAUUGCAGAGAACCAAUCUUGAAUUGGAUUCGUUUAAGGAAAAGAUCAAGGAGAAUCAGGAGAAGAUCAAACUUAACAAACAGCUUCCUUACUUGGUUGGAAAUAUUGUUGAGAUUUUGGAAAUGAACCCAGAGGAUGAAGCUGAGGAAGAUGGUGCAAAUAUCGAUCUUGACUCGCAAAGGAAGGGUAAAUGUGUUGUGCUAAAAACAUCUACUCGUCAGACUAUUUUCUUGCCUGUCGUUGGCCUCGUGGACCCGGAUAAGCUGAAGCCUGGUGAUUUGGUGGGUGUGAAUAAGGACAGUUACUUGAUAUUGGAUACAUUGCCAUCUGAGUAUGAUUCCCGAGUCAAGGCCAUGGAGGUUGAUGAAAAACCAACUGAAGAUUACAAUGACAUUGGAGGCCUUGAAAAACAGAUACAAGAGCUAGUUGAGGCCAUAGUUUUGCCGAUGACGCAUAAAGAGCGGUUCCAAAAAUUAGGGAUACGUCCACCAAAAGGAGUGCUCUUGUAUGGGCCUCCGGGGACUGGGAAGACAUUAAUGGCACGUGCAUGUGCUGCGCAAACAAAUGCCACUUUUUUGAAGCUAGCAGGACCCCAGCUUGUUCAGAUGUUUAUUGGUGAUGGUGCAAAACUUGUUCGUGAUGCAUUUCAACUGGCCAAAGAGAAAUCACCUUGCAUCAUUUUUAUUGAUGAGAUUGAUGCUAUUGGUACAAAACGGUUUGAUAGUGAAGUUAGCGGAGAUAGGGAAGUGCAGCGAACUAUGUUGGAACUACUUAAUCAGUUGGAUGGUUUUAGCAGCGAUGAGCGGAUAAAGGUGAUAGCAGCAACAAAUCGGGCUGAUAUUUUGGACCCUGCUCUUAUGCGUUCUGGUCGGUUGGAUCGUAAGAUUGAGUUUCCACAUCCUACUGAAGAAGCAAGGGCGCGGAUCUUGCAGAUACACUCCCGGAAGAUGAAUGUUCACCCAGAUGUCAACUUUGAAGAGCUGGCUCGGUCUACAGAUGAUUUUAACGGGGCACAACUGAAAGCCGUUUGUGUGGAAGCAGGCAUGCUUGCUCUUCGACGUGAUGCAACAGAGGUAAACCACGAAGACUUUAACGAAGGGAUCAUCCAAGUUCAGGCUAAGAAGAAAUCAAGCUUAAAUUACUAUGCUUAGGUUGUGAUUUUGGCAUUGCAUUGUACGACAAGUUCAACAACUACUUUUACCGUAAAUUUAGUUGUAUAAGAUUUCACAUCUUCCUUUCGUCUUGUGUCGAAUCUUGCAGCAGUUGCUUUUAUAUGGUUCUUUCAGUUUGGGACGAUUUGGGCCCAAGGACACUUGUCUUGUGUAUAUCUUGUUUAUUUUGCUUCUA